GUGCAGAGAUGGCAGUGUCAGCUGAGGAAGACAGCAAGAUGGCAGUGUCAGUUGAUAAAGACAGCAAUACGGCAGUGUCAGCUGAGGAAGACAGCAAGAUGGCAGUGUUAGCUGAGGAAGGCAGCAAUAUGGCAGUGUCAGCAGAGGAAGACAGCAAUACGGCAGCGUCAGCUGAGGAAGACAGCAAGAUGGAAGUGUUGGCAGAGGAGGGUAGCGUAACUGAAGCAAUGACAGCAUCCUCUCACAUGCUCCACAUCGCUCACAAACGCCCACCAUACCGCCCUCACGCCCGUAUGAACAGAUAUAUACCCAUUGUCAGCUAUUGGGUGGUGUUGUUGUUGGUAUGCGUGACGUCUACGGACAGUGCCUGGAUACAGUUGACUCCAGGACUCCAUUGGCUGGUCCCGGUGCACGUUAUCGACACUACGCUCCAGACCACUUCCGCUCCCACACAGCCUAAUGCCCAGAUCCGCCAGUCUUCAGAAUCACCAAAUAAGGACAAGUCUUCGACGAAUGUUACCUCCAGCGCGACUAGUGCGAACAUCGUGGAUAAGGAGAUUGCGGUGAAGGUGUUUGCUGACAACUGGGACGACAUGGAGACUUGUCCCUACUGGUGUAAGCGGGAUAACGGCUCCCUGCGCUGCUGCCCGAAUAAGGAGACACGCGAGGGCAGCUGUCCGGAGCCGAAGGAAGUGUGUAUAAAAUGGCUCGGGAACAUAUACAAACAUAAGGACCACCACUACUGCGCCGAUGACCGGGCCUGCCCUGACAAACACAAGUGUUGCUUCGACAGAUGUGCUGAGGCCAGGGUCUGCACACCUGCGCUUCAGUGACACUCAACAUCUCUCAUUCAACAUUAGCCUCGCCCGGCCUGCACCUGAGUUCUCUCGAUGCUACCAACAUAGCCUCGACGGGGCCAGUACCAGAGUUCUCACAUUUCUCUGAACAAUUCCAUUCCAAAUAUGAGAGGAAGAUAAGCACCUCAACGUUAGCAAAUAUAUUUACUGUCUUCAUUACAAUGGGCAACUGAGUUUGGCUUCAUCGUGGCAUCCAAACUAGACAAUUAUAUUUUUAUUGCUAAAUAAA